AUGGCGGGUCGGGCAUCCAUGGCACCCAUGUCCAUUGAAGUCCAUGCAGAUUACCUGAUCAGCCAAGGCAUUUGCUACUUGACGUUGUGUGAAGCUGCGUACUCUAAGAAACUGGCCUUCUCUUUCCUGGAGGAGUUGCAAACUGAAUUUUGGGAGCUGUAUGGAAAGAAAGUUUCCUCUGUUUCGCGACCUUAUGCCUUCAUUGAGUUUGACAUUUAUAUCCAGAAGCUGAAGAAGUCCUAUCUGGAUACCUGGUCAAAGCGUCACCUGAGCAGCAUCAACCUGGAACUCCAGGAUGUCCAGAAAAUCAUGGUCACCAAUAUAGAAGAGGUGCUUCAGCGUGGAGAGGCCUUAUCAGCUCUGGAUUCCAAGGCCAGCAGCUUGUCGACUCUUUCCAAGAAAUACCGCCAGGACGCCAAACUCCUCAACAGCCGCUCUGCUUAUGCCAAGGCCGCUGCCACCAGCCUGAUCUUUGUGGUACUGAUGCUCUACAUACGUUUUUGGUGGCUGGUAUGACUUCAAAGUCCUUGGUACUCCCUUCAUCUUUCUCUCCCACUCCAUAAUUAUGGUCCAGCAAAAAAAAAAUGCUCUCAUCCAUCCACCACAUCUCCCACUAAGACAGAAUUGAAACAAGUGGCACCAGCACCACCGACUUCUGGAGAGAAUGAGAACUGCUAAAAUAUCCUGAAGCAACACCCAUGACCUCACCUCUGAGGAUGCUUGCCAUAGAUGCAGGCGAAACAUCAGGAGAAAUGCCUCUAGAACAUGGCUAUAUAGCCCGAAAAAACCCACAAGAACCGAGUGAUUCCAGCCAUGAAAGCCUUCGACAAUACAUUCAACACCCAUUAUUUUUUAGAUUAUUUUAAAAUAUGGCACUUUUGCCACCAUGUGGCCCAAACAGGAAUGACAAUUGUUAAAGUUUUUUUUAUUUUAAAAAAAUCUGUGGUUCUUCUCUUAUGUGUAAAAUAAAGAGUCCUGUAUUUUCAAUGAACCAGGAAAGGGGGACGGCAAGAGAUACAGCCAUUGACGGAUUGUAAAUACAGUUUCCAUACAGACAAACAAUGUCAUGGCACCUUAAAGACUGUACAGCGUUAUUGUAAGUUUUGGCCACAAUAAAUCUGACAUUCUAAGAUAACACAAA